AUGACACUCUUGGAAACGGUUGUCCUCAAUAUCGUCGACGAUUAUGGCAAUAAACACAAAGCUCGAGCUCUCCUGGAUUCGGCAUCGAUGUCGAACUUCAUAUCGAAACCGCUGGCGAAGAAACUCUACAGUCGCCGAACUUCUGUGGACGUGUCUGUCGCAGGCAUCGGAUCGUCCACGAAGACAAUCAACAGUGCAACUACUGCAACCAUCGAGUCAGAAGAUCAAGAAUGCUCGAUGAAACUACAAUUUCUGGUCCUGAAGCAGCCUUCAGUCGAGCUGUCAACUAUUCCGAUUGACAUUUCGGCAUGGAAGAUGCCAAAUGUUAUGCUAGCAGAUCCUUUAUUCAAUGUUCCUGGAAGUGUCGAUAUGGUCAUCGGCAGCGAAAGCUAUUGGGAACUUCACACGGGUAGGAAGAUAUAUCUUGGCGAAAAUCUUCCUUGGGUAGUCGAAACAUCUUUUGGUUGGGCGGUCACUGGUCCCGCAUCUCGCACGGCUACCUGCAUUCCACGAUUCUGUUAUCUUUCCACGGCAGAUGAUCGACUAGAGGCUAUGUUAAGAAAAUUCUGGGAAAUGGAAACAAUUCCACCAGCUCUGGUUCACUCUACCGAAGAAAGUCGUUGCGAAGAGCUGUAUGCUGCAACGACAACGCGCGAUUCAUCUGGCAGACGGUUCCUGAGUUUGGAACGUCGCCUCGAACGAAAUCCUGCAACCAAGGACUCAUAUCACCGUUUCAUGGAGGAGUAUUUGUUGCUUGGACAUAUGCAGAAGGUGAAAGAGCCUGUAAAUGAUCAUAUUCAGCACUGCUACAUUCCUUAUCACGUCGUAUUCAAGGAAUCCCAGUCAUCCACAAAAAUCUGGGUAGUAUUCAACGCGUCAUGCAAGACUUCGUCGGGAUAUUCUUUGAACGACACGCUCCUUGUUAGAUCCGUGGUUCAGCAAGACCUCUACUCAAUAUACUUGAGGUUUCGGACAAGAAUUGUCGCCAUCGUAGCAGAUGUCGAAAAAAUAUGUCGGCAAGUAUUGCAUCACUCUGCCGAUUUACCGUUCCUUCGCAUACGGUAUCGUAGGAAUCUCACCGAUCCGAUUCUCACCUACGAACUACAGACCGUCACCUACGGAACAGCAAGUGCUCCAUACUUGGCAGCGAAGACACUUCAGCAGAUCGCGAAAGAUCACGAGCAUUUAUAUCCGACGGCUGUCGAAGCUGUUAUUGAAGAUUUCUACGUCGACGAUCUACUGUCAGGAGCAUCGAACGUAGAAUCUGCCAUCACCCUUCGAAAAGAAAUCACCGCUAUGCUUAACUCCGCUGGAUUCACGCUCAAGAAGUGGGCAUCAAACGUUCAGGUGGUCUUAGAGGAUGUUCCACCGGAAGAUCGAGCCGUUCAGCCUCUCCACGAUUUGCAGAAUGAGCAGACAAUUUCCACACUCGGCCUGCUUUGGGAACCAACCGCAGAUUCGCUUCGAUUCAAGGUCAAAUUGCCUCUCCCUGCUGCCAUUCUCACCAAGCGAAAAGUGAUGUCAUACAUCGCUAAAAUAUUCGACCCAUUGGGACUGUUGGGUCCAACGACCAGGGCCUGA